AUGUCCAAAGCAAGUCAGACCGAGCAAGUUAAUGAGUAUGCUCAUUUGAUGCAACAUCAACAGAAUCUGAACGGCCACACUGCGCUCCAAGAUGCCGAGGUGUCUGUCGGCUUCCUUCAAAAUAACCCUAAUAUGAUUGAUAAUGAGUCCUCUUCUGGAUUAUGUCGAUCACCUAGCUUGUCGACAAUACACUCCGCUGAGAUUGGAGCUAGCACCACAGAGCCGAGAAAGGAGCCCAAAGAGACGGCCGAAUCCAAACAACGAAAGAAGCCUAAAGAGACGGCCGAAUCCAAAUAA